AUGCUUACAACAUGUGAUACGUCCCUCUCAAGAAGACUGAGCCAGUUAGUAAUCACGAUUAAAUGUGCUACAUUUUCUUCGUCGUGUAAAAGCUUAUUUAGCAAAAGCGGUGAUUUGUUUGCAGACUUAUUAGUUGACAAUACUUUUGUUUACAAAACCAAAGUGUGCCAUAAGACAUGGAAUCCUACAUGGAAUGAGUCUAUCUCAGUUAUUGCAUCUCCGAAGAGCAUCAUCCAAAUAAAAGUCUUUAAUCAUUUCAAAUUGGGACCUGAUGUAUUAAUUGCUGUUGCGGCCAUCAAUCUCUCCUCUAUACUCAUUGAGCAUAACGGUAUUCUUUCUAAAUGCGAACUGAGGUUAUCCCUAUUCCAAGGAUGUGAUUAUAAAGGAUCAGUAUUUGUGAUGCUGGAUAAGCUUAACGUGUGUGUACAAAAUCUGGAAAACGGAAAUAAUAUGCUUGACAAUUUACCACAAGUCCCCUCUAGCUCGAACGGAUUAGACCCUACACCUAUUCAGCACCAAAGAGUAAAUCAUUCAUGGAACAUCAUUUGGCAUAUGAAAUUUCCAAAGCAUAUAGAUAAUCCAGUUGAUGAGUGUGAUUUGGACUUGUACUUUAUUGGAACCUAUGAUCUUUUAGGCGCUUUGCGUGAAGACGAACUUAUUGAAGGUGGCAAAGAUAUUAAAGUGACUGAGGAAAAUAAAUCCGAUUAUAUCAGACUGAUGGUUGAUUGGCGAUUCAACAGAGGAGUAAAAAAACAAACAGAAGAAAUUCACAAAGGUAUUUUUGAAGUACUAAAUCCCGAGUGGCUGGAAUUAUUCGAUGAGCGUGAACUUGAACUCCUAUUAUCCGGUAUGCCAGAGAUUGAUGUUGACGAUUGGGAAAAGAAUACGGUCUACAUAAAGUACACACGAUCAAGUAAACAGAUUAUUUGGUUUUGGAAGUUGAUUCGAAAACUGGAUAAUGAACAUCGUGCUCGUCUUCUACAAUUCGUCACAGGUACCUGUCAUUUACCAUUAGGAGGCUUCUCUGAAUUAACUGGUGAGUAGUAACUUCUGCAAUAUAUCGACCGAAUAAUUUCUCUCCUGUAAUUAAUGUGAAGUGUGUAAAUUUUUCACCGGAUUUUUAAAAUAUCAAUCACUAACAAUGGUUAAAGUUGAAUCAAUAUUUGGCAUACAACUUUGUGACUAAUUGCAUUUAUUUAGUUUCAAUUUAAUAUAUUUAUUAUUAGUUAUUGAACUAAAAGUCACUUAUAGUCAUGAUGUUGAGUGCUUUUUUAUUUUGUCCGAUUAGAUAUAUGAUUAAUAUUUUUAUCUACUGAACUUGCACUGGAAGAACUUACAGAAAUCGAUUAUUUCAAGUGAUAAUUGACUGAAGUAUGGGUUGGAUUCUUCUCAUUUGUUAAUCAUGUAUUAAUUUUAAUUCGUGAGGUUAAGGGUAAUAACACUUUAUGCAGUGCAUUAAAUGAGUUAACCAAACCAGAUCACACUAAAAACUCCAAAUGGUUAAUCAAAAAAUUUGCACCGUUGCAGUCUAUGACUUGUAGCAGUGGUGGUCGUCAGUUAUUUUGUAUAGAGCGUACAGGUGAUGAACAAUGGCUACCACGUAGUCACACAUGCUUCAACCGGUUAGAUUUACCGCCAUACAAUUCAUACGAUCAGUUGUGCGAAAAACUGCAAAUGGCAAUUGAAGAAACUAAGGGAUUUGGGCAAGAAUAAAUCUAACCUCCUCUAUGACUUUCCCUUAAAAACACUUAAAUUAUAAUGUUAUUUUUAUUGUGUAUAUUCCAGUAAUCAUCUAUCACAGUAAUGAUUGAUGAGAAACGUUUUGUGGAGGUUAGGGUAGGCGGUGAAGUGGUAAAAUUAGUGGUAUACUGUGUUUUGAAUAAACUGUGAUCUAUUACCAAUUAGUAAUCUUUUUUUAGUAUGUAAUUUCCGUUUUCUCUUUUCGAUUACCAUUAUUAUUAUUAUUAUUAUUAUUAUUAUUAUUAUUAUUAUUAUUAUUAUUGUCUCUGGGUAAUGAAAAUUAUUUUAUUAAAUAUUUUUUUCUAAAUUUUGUUUUACUGAUUUUGUCUUCAAUUUACAUACGAUACUCUCUACAUAUGUGUACCCAAAGGUAUGUUUUGCUUUUAUGCUAAAUUAAUCAAACAAAUUAUGUUCGUUUGUUUGCGAACAAAACGUGUCAGAUGAUAUGGCUCUCGUUACUUUCCCAGUUGUCAAUGAAUUGGCCUUAUCAUUGACUGACUUAAUUAGACUAAAAACACAAUGCAUCAUUAAAAACUAAUGAUAUUGGACUUCUUAAACCUUUGGAUAAAAUUUACUUCCGCCUGGAGUCCCUC